AUGCGGGCCGGGGCUCUAGCGCGGCUCCGGAGCACUUGGGGGCCCUCAACACCAAUCCCAGGGAGGCGAAGGCAGGUCCGGGAUGGGGAUUCCCGCCGCGCCUGCGGAGGCCCGGGCAGGCGGGAGCUGGACAGCCCCCGGCGCCAAGGAGCGAAUGACUCCCAGGCUGCCCCACCUCAGACGGUCUUCAGCUGGGCUUCCCCACCACAGCCGGAGCCUGCCUCUGGCUCACGCCUGCACGUCCUCUCCUGCCGUUUUCUGGUCUUGGCGGAACUCCUGAGUUUCCUAAAUGGAAGUGUUGUCCAAGUUGGAGAAUUGUUGCCUUGCAAAAUUUGUGGAAGAACAUUCUUUCCAGUAGCAUUAAAAAAACAUGGACCCAUUUGUCAGAAAACUGCCACUAAAAAACGGAAGACUUUUGAUUCAAGCAGACAAAGAGCUGAAGGAACUGAUAUUCCAACAGUAAAACCUCUUAAACCUAGGCCAGAACCACCAAAGAAACCAUCAAAUUGGAGAAGAAAACAUGAAGAAUUCAUUGCCACCAUAAGAGCAGCAAAAGGCCUUGAUCAGGCACUUAAGGAGGGUGGCAAACUUCCUCCUCCUCCUCCACCUUCUUACGAUCCUGAUUACAUUCAGUGUCCAUAUUGCCAAAGGAGAUUCAAUGAAAAUGCAGCCGAUAGACAUAUCAAUUUCUGUAAAGAACAGGCAGCACGUAUUAGUAACAAAGGCAAGUUUUCUACUGACACCAAAGGAAAACCAACUUCUCGGACACAGUAUAAGCCACCUGCACUGAAAAAGUCAAAUUCUCCUGGAACUACGUCAUCAGGAUCUUCACGAUUACCACAGCCAAGUGGCACUAGCAAAACUGUUGUAGGUACACCUUCAGGUAAAGUGCCUUCAGUUAGCAGCUCUUUGGGAAACAAACUUCAGUCCUUAUCUCCUUCUCAUAAAGCUAUAGCAACCCCUCAGGCAGGUAAGAUGGACAAGUUAGGCCCUCCACUUCGAACUGGAAGACAUGUGCAAAGGUUGUAUGACAGUGAUACACAAUCAGACAGUGCCAUCAAAAGACAUGAGUUAUUACCCAUUUACAAAACUAACAUCAAAUCUCGAAAUUCCACACCACCUAGUUUGGCAAGAAAUUCUUCCUCGAGUAUACUUACAAACAAAAGAAAAACAUAUACAGAUAGCUCCAUAGCCAGGUCAGAUGUAGACUAUGCAUCUUCACUUAAUGGUGGAAACAUUAAAGGCAUUGAAGGAAAUUCAUCCGGACACUUACCAAAAUUUUGCCAUGAGUGUGGAACAAAAUAUCCUGUAGAAUGGGCAAAGUUCUGCUGUGAAUGUGGCAUUCGAAGAAUGAUUUUGUAAACAGAAUCCCAAAAGAAACAGCCAGAUUGACAGUUUUAUGGUUAUUGCUGCUUGAACAGCUAGAGUAUAUCCUCUAGUUAUUUUGUGUAAAAACUAUUCAAAAUUUCUUUUUCAGUAAGUUUUGGAGCAUAAUUCUUUUGCUGUAUAAUGUAUGUUUGUAUAUAUGUGUAUAUAUACUGUACAUAAUAAAUACCUGAUACCCCAAGCUGUGCCAUUCAAGGAAAUACUCAUUUACCUUUCAGAAAAUUACUUCAGUGGAAUCAUUAACUUAGGUAUUGCCCUUCUGUUGUUAAUGCACAUUCAGUGUACCUCCACAAACACUCCUUCUCUAGUGGUUGGGCCUUCAAGCUUUAGGAUAAUCACAACUUCAAGCAAAAAAUCAGAAUAAAUGUUAUUGGUGCUAUCUACAGAUAGUAUCAUAGUAGGAUGGACACUUGGAAUUUUGUAAUUGAUGAAACUUUUAAUUAUUAUUAGUUGAUGUGGAGUCAUUUUGCUAUUGAAUUCUCCAACAACUAAUUUUAUAUUCCUAAAAAAUAAGAGAAAGAAAAAAAACCUAAGGUCUGUUUUUACCCUUAACUUGGUGGAUUAUUAAUUAAUUAUAUAAUUUAAAUAUAAUUACUCAUUCUGUGAAAAUGUAAUUAUGCAAUUUCCUUUUCAGAAACACAAGACUAAAAAUACAAAUGCAUUUUAUUCUAUUUAUAACAGUGCAUUUUUUUUACUUCUGUGUUUAUUAGUUAACAUGUAUUAGUUGAACACUACUUCUAGUGGUGUUCCUAAUACCUGUUUUGUUUUCAUAACUUGUUUAAAGUAGAUUUAAUUUACUGCUGUAUUUUUGCCAUAUUUGAAAAUGUAAUUAUUUAAUGUAAGUGCCCCAAAUUCUUUGUAAAAUCUUACAUGUUUAACCAUUUUAUUUCUGUGUAUCUGCAUUUUAAGAAAGUAAUGGAUUUUAAAGCACACCAUCUAAUCAAUAAUAAUUGUGUAAUUAUUCAUUAGUGUUGAGCAUGCAGGUAAAAAGUAUUUGAAUUUCAGUUCCUUGUAGUACAAUUAAAGGUAGUUAUGAGUAGUUUAAGAGUAUCUCUAAUUUUUCCUACCCAUAUUUUCUUCUUUACUGUGUAAUGCUGAAACACCAUUCAUGUCACAAUGAAAAGCCACUAAAAAAUGUACUGUUUUGAUGCAUAGCUGACUUAUUAUGUAAUUAAACAUACACAAAAUCUAUUUUUUCUCUUUAACUUGACUGACAUAGAACACUGAUCACUGUCACUCUCACUGUAACAUGAUAUUUAGCAAUAGCUUUCUUUGAUGCUUGUGCAAUCAUAUUUAGUAAUUCUCAGUUAAAAUUCAAGUUAAAUUCAGUUAAAACUCAAGUGAACUUUCUUUUACUGUAAUGGUACAAGCAAAUCUUUUAUAUUUUAUAGCUUUUUAUGAUUCAUAUCAACUAUAAGGAUCAUUGUAGAAAUUCAUAUUUUAUAGUUUUAUUUCUCUGAAAUUUGUUUAGUUUUUGGUUUUGAUUUUUAUUUUGUUUUAGUUGGGGCAGGGGUUAAGACCGGUAGAAUUGUCAUUUUACUUAUAGUUUCUUUUCCAGGUAUUUUAUUAUCUUUUUUCACAGUUAUUUUAUUCAGUCAUGUUGAUGAAAAAAUCCCAUUUGGAUAGCUGUAAUGAAUUUAGAAGACUAAUGUACAUACUAGUUUUCCAUUUUAGUGACUUCUGUCCUAGUUGUUAUAAAUCAUAUGAAGAGCUCUCAAUUCUUAUUUUAUCUAGGAAUGAACACUAUUUUCUUUCAAGUAUAUUUUUAAGAAAACCUAAUCUUUUUCUGCUUACAGAGGGGAUAGAUAAAUGAGUUUAAAUUAAAUAAAUUGGCACAUUUGUUUCUCAUUGAAUUUUGCAGUACAGAGAUUAUUAUAAACAGUAAGUAGGUAAAACAUUUAUGACAUAUGAAACAUUGUGACAAUGUAUCUAAGUGCAUUUUUAUUUUACUCUCACAUUAAUUUGUUGUACCAUAGUUUUUAAACAAUCUUCCUAUGCAUCAUUUAUUUUUAUUUAUUUGCACAAGCAUUUGCCAAUGUGGUAGAAUGAUGAUUGUAAGCUUAAAUUAAAAAUGUAGAAAUUGCUUAUAUAUUAUUCUGAAAGUUAUUAGCUUGAAAAAGUAAGAUUAUUGUGACUACUGUUGUCUCUUCAUUGUUUUUUAUUAUAAAUAUCUUCAUUUUGAACAAAUUCAAUAAAGACACAAAGCAUAAAAAUGUUAGUUGUUAUUUAUGGAU